CGUAGAUACCUAGGGACUGGAAUUGCUGGGUCCUACGGUGACUCUUUAGCCUGUUAAAAAACUGCCAGGCUGUUUCCUACCCUGGCUGUGCCGUUUACCUUCCCACCUCCUCGCCAACACGGGCUAUUAUCUGGGGGCUCCCUUUCAAACAGGGUCCCUCUGGCUGCUCUGUGGGGCCCCGGAUGAGGGAAGCCAGCGAGGAACUGUGGCUGGACCAGAGUGCCAGCCGCAGAGGAGGCGAGAAGAGACUGCAAGCCGGAGUUCAUGGCAGUCGUUACCAGAUCAGUCGUGGGGCGUGAGGGAGGCAGGGCAGGGGAAGAAUGACCCCAAAGAUUUACUAUCAGCUGGCUGAGCCUGCAGUAGGAGGGGGUUUGGCGGAUGGGGCUCAGUGUUGGACGCGUCGAGUGCGAGACACCCGCGGACACCCAGCCGGGAAUAUACAGUGGGCCAUUGGGUAUGGGACGCUAGAACCACUCCUGGCGUUCACGGCCCAUUGCUUGAAUAAUUAAAGUCAAAGCGGAAGCCGAAUCCAGGGUCUCAGUUUCCCCCUCCGGAAAAUGGGCACAAUAGCACCACUGACUGCUAGGCUCUGACGAGGCCGGGGCGACUCCUGGGCAGCACAGGGCGGGCUUGCACGUCUGAAAACUGAAGGUACACGUCGGGUGGAAAGACGGCUGGGGGCUGCAGCUCCGGCGAGAAAGGGAGGGCAUUUAAGUACGGUUCGAGCAGCGUCCGUCCGUCCGUCUCCCCACCCCCCGGCGUCUGGCCGCCGUCAGAAAGCAGGAUAGGAGAUUGGGUCGUCACCCUGGCUUCCCCCACUCUCAGCUGGGUUUCCUCCUUGGGGGCGGCCGGGGCCAAAGUCGCUGAUGGAAACCAGCUGCGGGAGGCGCAGAGGCUCGGCGCACGCCCAGGCCCCUCCCCGGCGCCGGCAGACCCCGCAGAGGGGGGAGGACGAGGGCGCCCUGGCUCCCCUCCCCCCUUCCGCAGCCGGGCCCGGGGCCCUGGCACGUCCGGCGCGCCUGAUGCUUUCCAGAUCCAUGUCCAACAACAUGGCCAAGAUCGCGGAGGCCCGCAAGACGGUGGAACAGCUGAAGCUGGAGGUGAACAUCGAUCGCAUGAAGGUGUCGCAGGCGGCGGCCGAGCUCCUGGCCUUCUGCGAGACGCACGCCAAAGACGACCCGCUGGUGACGCCGGUCCCCGCCGCAGAGAACCCCUUCCGCGACAAGCGCCUCUUUUGCGUCCUGCUCUGAGUCUUCGCGACAGCUUACCCCCUCCCUCGCCAAAGAGUGAAUCCAAUAAACGUGGCGGCUGUGGUGGUA